AUAUUUAUGUCUUGGUUUUAAUUUGAGGUAUAUAUUGUGAAAAUUAUUUGGGUCAGGGUAGUCGAGGAUGUGUCUCCCCACAACUUGACAUGGUGAGUGACAGUGAUAAGGUGCUGAUAUGGAGAUAACUCAAGUUACAUAAUAUUGAUAAGGCAGAUAACGAAUGUGAAUUUAACUAACGGAUAUUAAGAACACCCCAGACUAUGUUUUAUCAGCAUGAUGUGGAUACAUCCGUCAGGUGUUGACGUUGCUGUCAGCGUCGUUGAUCGUAACUAAAAGUGCAAUAAACAUGAGACAGAGGCCAUAGUUGUGGCUUGUGUGAUGGAUGUGUUGGGGGUGACUGGUGAAGUGGUCAGCCGCCCACACCCAAGCCACCACACAGUGUAUCGCUACGCCCGCCCGCGCUGGAAGGCGGCGGGGACACGCCCGCCAUGCUAAGUUUGGGCGGGCUGCCGGAGGUGGUGGGUCCUGGCGGCCACCGCCGCUCCAAAAGUGACUGCGGCCUGGACAAACGGGACGAGGUUGCCGACCUGGCCACCCUUAACCCCAAUUACCGGAGCACCUCCCCCUCGGGGCAUCUCCGCGCCCAUGGCCACGCCCACACUCGCCCCAAUACGCCCAUCAUGGCGCGGUCUCCGUCCACCUCAUCCAUACCCGAAAUCUUCAUCAGUAGCGAGGACGACAACGGUCCUGGAGUGUCACCCAUCACCCGCCUGGCUGUCUUCUCCCUGGCUGACUUCCUCGAGACAGUCACCCACGCCCAGCACCACCCACGGAAAAAGUGCAGCUCGAGUGAAGUGGGAGGCCCCGGCCAUGGGGGUGGGCGACGGCGCUCGCCCUUGGCCGCCCGCAAGUCGACUCCUGCGGCAGGAGGCGCCAGCGCCGGCGAAGUUACCGCCGCUAACAACACCACUAACAAUUCGACCCCGGGAGGCGGGGCCCUUGGAGGGGUAGGAGGCCAGACCACCUUACACCAGCCCAGAACAGGUGGUGGAGCCGCAGCAUCCCGGCUGGGCAACCCGACGGGGCACCAUGAUGACGCCCCAGCACACUCUUCCAACGAGGACUGUGAUGCUGAAACAGUACCAUCAUCGGGAGUGUCUAAUGGAUCUGGGGAGUUGGUAGAUGCUUUACGAGUUGGUGGAGGAGAUAUUGGGACUGUGGACGAUGGUGAGGAACACACACCACACAUUCAGCGUACGCGAGAAGCCUUGGAGCACAUCCAGGCUAAGAUUCAGAAAACUAAAGAUCUUAUCAAAGAGGAGCAAAAAGCAAGAGAUGAAAAUGUCAAUGAAUACCUUAAACUUGCUGCUAAUGCUGAUCGUCAGCAAAUGGCUCGUAUCAAGGCCGUGUUCGAGAAAAAGAACCAGAAAUCGGCUGCUCUUAUUCAACAACUUCAAAAGAAGCUAGAAAAUUACCAGAAGAGAUUACGUGAAAUUGAAACCCAUGGAUUGAUUGUUGCUCACCGGCAGCCCAAGGAGGUGUUAAGAGAUAUGGGUCAGGGCCUCAAGACAGUGAUCAGUAAGCCUAAGGAGAUAGCACAUCUGAUCAAAAACAAAUUUGGUUCUGCGGACAAUAUCAAGGAACUAGCAGGGGAGGAGGAGCGUGAUGAGGAGCGGGUGCAUCACGGGUCAGCUACGUUACCCGUAGGUGCAAGUUUGGUGCCUCCUACCUCCUCUAAUCAAGGGAGCAAUCUCCCAAGCAGUCAUCACCAGGGUUCUUCAGCUCAGGGUGCAGGUGGCAGCAGCAGUGGUGGCGGCCACCAUGGCAGCAAGAUUGGCUCGGAAGAAGGCUCGGAGUGUAAUUCUUCCAUCACCAGUGAAAGUGUUCCGGGAGGAAGCACUACCUUAGCUCACCUCGCAUCGCCCAGGAACCACCAUAGCCAGUUAACUAGUGUAGAUUUUUAUGGUUUACCUGGAGGAACAACUAUUGAACAGCUGCUGAUGGAGCUACGAGAGAGUCGGGAAGAAUCAACACGACUUAGAGAAGAGAUUGAUACAAUAAAACAAACAUUAGCAGCAGAAGUGAAUUCAAUGCGUGAUGGAUUAGCAGAAGAGCGUUUCCGAUGUGAUCGACUUGAAGAACAAAUAAAUGAUCUUACAGAGCUACACCAAAAUGAGAUGGGAAAUCUUGUAACUAAUAUGUCAGACAUGGAAGAAAAAGUGCAAUACCAGAGUGAAGAACGUAUACGGGACCUACAUGAGAUUGUGGAAAACUGUCACACAAGGAUUUCCCGGAUGGAACAUCAGCAAGCACAACAGCAGCAACAAUAUCUCACAUUAGAAGGUUUAGAGAACAGCAAUGCACGAGCUGUGUUUGUAAAGCUCAUCAACGUUUUAUUAACUGUGCUUCAGGUCUUGUUAUUGGUAGUAGCAACAGUGGCCAAUAUCCUGACACCACUACUUCAGACGCGAACCCGCCUUGUCGUUACAGCUUCAAUUGUUUUCUUCCUCGUCUUUGUUUACAUACAAUUACCCGAGUUGAAAGAGAUGUGGUUUGCAAUAGUUGAUCGAUAUUUAAAGUUUUUCACUACAAAGUAAAACAUUGUUCUGGUGGACAUAGUAUUAAAUGAACUAAAAUACUGAAAAACAGAGCAUACAGUGUAGUAAAAAAAAAUUGUUGUUCCUUGUAAUGGUAUGCACUCUUAGCAGUAUGGUUAAGAGAAUCAUUGACUUGUAUUCCAAGUGACUUAUUUUCUACAUUUUCAAGUUGACACAACUCGUCUGUCCAGUAACCACUUAAGCAAGAGAGUCAUAUUGAUUCCUUAGCUCAAAUAUUAUCAGAUAAGUGAGUUUGACUUGGUACUGGCACAAGUAUGCCAUAGUGUUUGAAGUUGGGUUUUGAACAUUUUCAACUAUGUAGCAAGUUGUUAAGUAUUUUAUGAUGAAUUACAGAAACGUUCUCAAAUGCAGCAUGAUAUUAUAUUUUGAACAAGGGACAUUUUAACUAUAGUUGCAAGAUGGCUUUCGAGACUGGCAAGAAGAAACAAGUGAGCAGCUUGGUGAUGCAGUUGAAUAUGAAUACCCAAGUGUGUGUUGGCAUGACAUUGAAAUGAUCAAAUAAACAAUUUCCUCCAGCUACAGAUGCAGCUUGGAAAUAAAGAAGAUGGUUGGCUCUUGUGGGGCUCGUGUGAUAGCAUGAACCAAAGUUGGACAAAAUAAGGUACUGCAUUUUUUUUUUUCCAUUUUUUUCUUUCUUUUCUUUUAGAAUGUAAAACAGAAACCCUCUUUUUGGGCAUAGUUUACUAGCCUCAAGGAUAAAUGAUCAAGGUGAGUACACGUAGUUAACAGAUCAGUGGUCAGCAUGAAAUCAAACCAAUGAUUAUUUGGUAGAUUAGAGUGGUCACCUAGUUGUGCAUUACUUGAAUGAACCCUUGGAAUCACAUAUUCCUGCCAGUAUUUUAUAAAAUUUGAGCUACUUCUACUACCACCACCAUAUGCUGAUGACAGAUCCGUUACUAGUAGUGCUGAUGGUUGAUGAUUUACUCUGCUCUCUAUUUUACACGGAUCAUCUGUCUGUUCCUGUUAUCUUGUUGAGCGGUCUGUGAUGAAAUGAACUGUUAGAACAGACCCAUUCCCCCCCAUCCCCAUCAUAAAAAAUGUUUUUGCUCUCUUUCUAUAAUUCAUCACAAUGUUUGUUUUCACUUGUUAUUCUAGGGUGGUUAAACAAAUUUUUGCAGAUUUGAAAUUAUGGAGUGAAGGUAUUUUGGAUUCUUGAAUGGUGCUGGUGGAAAUGUAUGCUGUUCAAAGUACAGUAGUUCUUCAGUGUGUACUGAAUAGGUACCAUGUUUGUGGGUUCCUACUGCAAGGCUGUGGGUCUCCACCUGCAAUACCAGCAUUAUUCACACCUGACAUUCAUAGUCAAAUUUUAUUAAUAGCUUUUUAAUAUUAAAUGUUUUUGAAAAACAUCUUGAAUUUUUGUGGACUGAAUUCAUUGUCACCUAUAAGUCAAAACAGCUGACCAGAUGUCUGUCAAUCUAUUUAGUAUUUAUAUAAAAAUUCUUAGUCACUGAAUUGCCUUGAAAAUGUAUGUGUGUGUGUGUGUGUGUGUGUGUGUGUGUGUGUGUGUGUGUGUGUGUGUGUGUGUGUGUGUGUGUGUGUGUGUGUGUAAGUGUAAGUGUAAGUGUGUGCGUGUAAGUGUGUAAGUGUAAGUGUGUAAGUGUAAGUGUGUAAGUGUAAGUGUAAUAUAAGAAAAAUAAUUAUGAACACAUUUCCCAUAAAGGUCUACUAUUAAUAAUAAUUAGACCAAAUGAUACAAAAAUAUGACAUAAUAGGCGAUGAGUCACAAUAACGUGGCUGAAGUAUGUUGACCAGACCACACACUAGAAGGUGAAGGGACGACGACGUUUCGGUCCGUCCUGGACCAUUCUCAAGUCGAUUGUGACCAUUCACAAUCGACUUGGGAAUGGUCCAGGACGGACCGAAACGUCAUCGUCCCUUCAACUUCUAGUGUGUGGUCUGGUCAACAAUCUGACAUAAUAAUUUAAAAGCUGGAAAUCAUUCUUUAGCUAAUAGGAUCUUUAAAGAUAAGAGACGUACUCUGCAGCAAGAAAGAAUAUACUGUAUAACAGUCAUUUGGGCAGUGGUAAUAUUCAGUGGCUACAUGAAACUAAAAUGCUUUUAGAUGUAGAUUUGCCAUGUACUUACAUAGGCUCAGUUGUUGACUUUGUGCUGAGGUCCCCCCCCCCCUGCCCUGAGUGUGAGGAACGUGGGGAAAGGAAAGGGGAGGUAACGAAGGAUAGCUUCACCGAUGCUGUAGCUUUGUAAUGUAAUUAUAAUAUAUUAUUACAGAUAGAAGGUACCAUAGCAAGGGAAAUUUAAGUCAAAUAUGAGAGUAACAACUGUUGGUCUCAUUGGUAAUAUAGAGCCAUGGCCUCAGUAUUUGAGGCUCUUAUUUAUUUAUCCUGAUGUCACCCUUAGGUAAAUUUUAUGAUAUUAUGAGUCCUGAUAGACUCAGAGUAUGGUAUUGUUUUAUGGGGUUCCAUAAGUUAUUACUAUUAAAAGUGCACUUUUUAUGUCACAAGUAUUGUAUGCUCCAACUAUGGCAGACCAUCAAGAAGAAACCUUUACUUAAUAAAUGAUUCACUAAGUUCCAAGUUUUUAAUGGUAUUUGUAAAAAGACGUAUAUUGGCUUUGUGGUCAACUGCCGCUGCUUACAUAAAUGUUGCUCUUGGGGUAUGGAUUUAUUCAUUGGAGUCUAUAUUGACUUGGAACCAAACUUGGAGUCUUGUAGUAACUUCUGGUAUCAGGGAUGAUAAAAAGAGGUCUUACCAUGCAAGUGUUUGCAUUUGCAGGUCACUAGUUUUCUCCUCUAACUUUCAGCUAUGAUACCAUGUUUGAGCAGGCAAACCACUCAUGUAAUAUUCAUUCCUUGGGUGCCAGUCCCAUAUUCCAUUGGCUGGGCAAUAUGGCUGCCAAGUUCUGUAUUAUUUAGCUCACUUCAUACACAGUUUUUGUGCAUUAAGUUUGAGAUCUGAUUUUUUUUAAAUUCUUAGUUACAGUUUGAGGCCAGUCUGGCAAAGUAGGCAUAUUAUGUUAGUUUUAAGGGAUUUUUUUUCUUAGCAAUUUCUAGUAAAGAUGACACACUA